AUGGUCCUCCUGUCACUUUGGUUGGUAGCAGCCGCUCUGAUAGAGGUUAGGACUUCUGCUGAUGGACAAGCUGGAAUUAUAAGGACAGAUGAUGAUGAGUAUUUCAUUGAACCUUUGGAAAAAGGUAAACAGAAAGAAGAAGAGAAAGGAAGGAUUCAUGUGGUGUACAAGAGAUCAUCAGUCAAGCAUGUACCCUUUGACAUGUCUAAAGACUUCCUAUACAGAGGACCUGAGUGGGAGGGCCUUGAUGAUCUCAGUACUAGUUAUGGCUACUUUGAACAACAGUUGAAUGAGACAAUGAGGCGACGAAGGCACACGGGAGAUGAAGACCACAACAUUGAGGUGCUGUUAGGAGUGGAUGAUUCUGUAGUCCGCUUCCAUGGCAAAGAACAUGUCCAGAACUACCUCCUUACCCUCAUGAACAUUGUUAAUGAAAUUUACCAUGAUGAGUCACUUGGGGUGCAUAUCAAUGUUGUGCUGGUACGCAUGAUAAUGCUGGGCUAUACCAAGUCUAUCAGUCUCAUUGAAAGAGGAAAUCCAUCUAGGAGUCUGGAGAAUGUAUGUCGCUGGGCAUGCCAGCAGCAGAAAUCGGAUCCCAACCAUCCUGAACACCAUGAUCAUGCCAUUUUUUUAACGAGGCAAGACUUUGGCCCUGCUGGUAUGCAAGGGUAUGCACCAGUGACAGGAAUGUGUCAUCCAGUAAGAAGCUGUACCUUAAAUCAUGAGGAUGGUUUCUCAUCAGCCUUUGUAGUAGCCCAUGAAACUGGCCAUGUGUUAGGAAUGGAGCAUGAUGGUCAAGGAAACAGGUGUGGUGAUGAGACUGCAAUGGGAAGUGUCAUGGCACCUUUGGUACAGGCAGCAUUUCAUCGUUAUCACUGGUCCCGGUGCAGCGGCCAGGAAUUAAAAAGAUAUAUACAUUCCUAUGACUGUCUUCUUGAUGACCCUUUUGAACACGAUUGGCCCAAACUCCCCGAAUUGCCAGGAAUCAAUUAUUCCAUGGAUGAACAAUGCCGCUUUGAUUUUGGUGUUGGGUACAAAAUGUGUACUGCGUUCCGAACCUUUGACCCAUGUAAACAGCUAUGGUGUAGCCAUCCCGAUAAUCCCUACUUCUGUAAGACUAAGAAAGGACCCCCACUUGAUGGGACUGAGUGUGCCCCUGGGAAAUGGUGUUACAAGGGUCACUGCAUGUGGAAGAAUGCUAACCAGGAGAAGCAGGAUGGAAACUGGGGAUCCUGGACCAAAUUCGGCUCAUGUUCCCGGACGUGUGGGACAGGUGUUCGCUUCAGGACCCGCCAGUGUAAUAAUCCAAUGCCAAUCAAUGGCGGUCAGGAUUGCCCUGGUGUUAAUUUUGAGUACCAGCUUUGUAACACUGAAGAGUGCUCAAAGCACUUUGAGGACUUCAGAGCCCAGCAAUGCCAGCAGAGGAACUCCCACUUUGAGUAUCAGAACAGCAAACACCACUGGCUGCCGUUUGAGCAUGCAGAUGCCAACAAAAGAUGCCACCUUUACUGCCAAUCCAAAGAGACAGGAGAUGUUGCUUAUAUGAAACAGCUGGUACAUGAUGGAACCCGUUGUUCUUACAAAGACCCAUAUAGCAUAUGUGUGCGAGGAGAAUGUGUGAAAGUGGGCUGCGAUAAAGAGAUUGGUUCCAAUAAGGUUGAAGAUAAAUGUGGAGUCUGUGGAGGAGAUAAUUCUCACUGUCGCACUGUGAAAGGAACAUUUACCAGAACUCCCAAGAAGCCUGGGUACCUUAAGAUGUUUGAUAUUCCCCCUGGUGCUAGACAUGUGUUAAUACAGGAAGAUGAAGCUUCUCCUCAUGUCCUUGCUAUCAAGAACCAGGCAACUGGACACUAUAUUUUAAAUGGCAGAGGGGAGGAAGCAAAAUCUCGGACAUUCAUUGAUCUUGGUGUUGAGUGGGAUUACAAUAUAGAAGAUGACAUUGAGACUCUUCAUACAGAUGGGCCUUUACAUGACCCUGUCAUUGUUUUGAUUAUUCCUCAGGAGAACGACACACGUUCCAGCUUGACAUACAAGUAUAUCAUUCAUGAAGACUCGGUACCCACCAUAAAUAGCAAUAAUGUAAUUCAGGAAGAAUUAGAUACUUUUGAAUGGGCUUUGAAAAGCUGGUCUCAGUGUUCUGAACCCUGUGGUGGGGGUUCCCAGUACACCAAAUACGGAUGCCGCAGGAAGAGUGAUAAUAAAAUGGUACAUCGUAGCUUCUGUGAAAUCAGUAAAAAGCCCAAACCCAUUCGUAGAAUGUGCAAUCUUCAGGAAUGCACACACCCCCUCUGGGUGGCUGAUGAAUGGGAAUAUUGUACCAAAACCUGUGGGAGUUCUGGUUAUCAGCUCCGUACAGUAAGAUGCCUUCAGCCUCUCCAGGAUGGAACCAACCGUUCUGUGCAUAGCAAGUACUGUUUAGGAGAACGUCCAGAGACCCGUCGACCAUGCAACAGAUUGCUAUGUCCUGCCCAAUGGAAAACAGGGCCAUGGAGUGAGUGUUCAGUAACUUGUGGUGAAGGAACUGAGACAAGACAAGUCAUCUGCAAGACUGGAGACCAAUGUAAUGGCGAAAAACCCCUUUCAGUGAGAGGUUGUAAGCUUGCUGCUUGUAAUGUCAAUGUUCUAUAUAAGUUAGUGAGUGUGGAUGUCAAAGGGUGA